AUGAAAAAGGUUUUCAAGAUAUUGGUGAAACUGAUCAUAUUCCUAGGUGUAAUGGGUAUGUUUAUUCUAGGUGCUCCGUUUUCUAUACUGGCAUAUCCGUUGCAUAUACUAAACAAGCCUUUGUGUAUCCGCCUGUCGACAUUCUUCACAUACACCCUGUGGACUUUGAUAAGUUGGAUGUUUAACCUCUCAAGUACUGUCCAUGGAAGUAUAGAUAUUGGGAAUGAAAGUUACUUUGUAAUCAGUAACCACAUAGGAUCUGUGGAUUUUAUUUUGAUCAAUGAAAUAGCUAGGAAAAGCGGGAUGAUUAGCCAUGUGAAGUAUGCGGUUAAGGAUGGCCUUCGGGUUUUCCCCGUGUUUUACCAGAUAAUAGUUUAUGUAGGGUUUCUUGUUCUAAAAAGAAGCUUUGAGAAAGAUAAGAAGAAGAUCAUCAGAUACUUAGAGUUUUUUAACACCUCAGGGAUUCCAAUUUGGUUUGUAUUUUAUCCGGAAGGGUCCAGGUUCUCCGAGGAGCUGAAGCUAAAGAGCUGGAAAUAUUCCGACGAGAAAGGCAUGGCAAGGCUGAAUAAUGUUCUUUUCCCUAGAUAUAAAGGAUUCAAGCUCAUAUGCGAGAACCUCAAAAACUCAAGAAUAAAGAAAAUCGUGGACGUCACAUUCUCCUACUCAGAAAAUGAGGUUCCUCCUCUAUGGAAGUUUCUUUUCUGUGACACAACAGGGAUAUUCAACUGUGACAUCAGAGUGGUUUCAAUUGAUGAAAUAGAUGACUAUGAGAAGUUUCUCUACAAAAGCUUCGAAAGAAAAGAUACAUUGAUAACGAAAUGGAAUAGUAACGCCACAAAAGAAAAAUAA